GUGCUUUUGCAUUUUGAUUAUUUUUUUCGAAUACGAAAAAUGUGAAGUGAAUUAAAUGUAAUUUCUAAUUAUUCACACGAUUUAGUUGUUUAAUAUGCUCGUAAUUUUCGAAUAUAAUAUUUACAUUCAUUCGUGAACGCAUCUUGAGAUUAAUUUCGUGCUCCGAAACUGUUAUUCGUCUGCUACUCUCCAUCACGUUCAAUUCACCAUGAAACCGAAACACUUCUCGAAAAAGCUCAACAAGAGCUCGAUACCGGCCAAAGAACCGAAUAAACGUAUCAAGAAGUUGAAGGAAAAAGCACCCGGUAAAAAGCUGGACAAAUCGAACGAGAAAACACUCGGUAAAAAGUUGGAGAAAAUUGAUCCGGAGUUGUUCGAAUACCUGAAACAGAACGAUAAGAAAUUGUUGGAUUGCGAAGAUACCGAUUUAGAAUCGGGCGAAUCUGAAAAUGAACAGGAUUCUGGUAAUGAAAACACAUCCGAAGGAGAAUUACAAGUUGAACAGUCUGAUUCUGAUGAAGAUGGAUCUGAUUUGGAUGCUGAUGAAGAAGAUGAUGUGGCUGGUGAGGAAUCUGACGAUGAGUCUGAAUCGUCCAGUGAUGAGAAAGUACAUCAGCCACCGGAGUCUUUAGAGGUUGCUAGUGACGAUAGUGACUAUGAAGAAGAAGAAGAUGACGACCAAAGCAAAUCAAAACAGUCUGGAAAAGUUACGAUGAACAUGGUUGAUGGUUGGGAACAGGAUUUACAAGCUAAUAAACGAAAUAUCAAACCACUGUCCACUUUGGUGAGAGCUUUUCACGCAUGUUUAUUGAGAAUUUCCGGCGAUUCCGAUUCUAAACCCGAAGCUGGAGGCUUCAGAGUAGAUGGAAGUGCUGUUUUCAAUGCUGUAAUCAGGUUAUGCGUUACCCAAGUUUACCCAUUUGUAAUCAAAGUUCUGAAUCUACCUUCUACGUCGAUCACUAAGAAAAUGAUUCUGAAUUCGAAGAAAUGGUCAUUCACCAAGAAUACAAUCAGAAAUUACAUCGUUGACCUGAUCAAGAUGAUCAAAAAUAUCAGCUCCGAAGACGUCGUACGAGUUUUACUGAAAAAUUUCCAUCAAAUGACGCCUUUUGCCUCGUGUCUACCUACUAUUGCGAAACCUGUUUUAAAACAAUUAAUUUCUGUUUGGGGGACUCAUACCGAUGACACUGUUCGUGUUAUUGCCUUUCUGUGUAUAUUACGUUUCGCCACAACUGAUUUGAAUACAAAUCUUCAUACUAUUUUAAAAAAAAUGUACUUUAGUUUCGUCUCAAAUAGUAAAUUUAUUUCGCAAAAUUCCAUAGCAACUGUAAAUUUCAUGAGGAAAUCGUUAACGGAGAUGUUCUGUAUGAGUGACAGCAUCUCGUAUAACCACGCUUUCUUGUAUAUUCGUCAAUUGGCUAUUCAUUUACGAUCUGCUGUCAUCACGAAGAAAAAAGAUAGUAUACAAGCUGUUUAUAAUUGGCAAUUUAUAUCCUCGUUACAAUUAUGGGUGGAUGUUUUAUGCAAAAUGUACGAUAAACCUCAACUGAAUGCUUUAGUUUAUCCAAUUGUUCAGAUUAUCAUCGGUUGCAUUAAAUCAAUUCCUACAGCUCAGUAUUUCCCAUUAAGAUUCCACUGUAUCAGAAUGUUGAACAAGUUGAGCAGAGAAACUGGCGUAUUUAUUCCAACUUUACCCUUCGUUGUCGAGAUGUUUUCAGCCGCCAACAUGAGUUCUCAGCAUAAGAAAAUGUCGAUGAAACCUAUGGAUUUCACGUAUAUCUUACGAUUAUCUAAAGUUCAAAUGCAAGAAAAUGCUUUCAAAGACGCUGUCGUCGAGAACAUCUACGAUGUAGUUUUAGAUUACGUAGCUGCCGAAAGCCAUCGUAUCAGUUUUCCUGAAACUGUACUCUUGCUACAGAUUCAGUUGAAACAGUUUCUGAAGAAUUGCAAGAAUAUGAAUUACACCCGUAAAAUGAAACCAUUACUGGAGAAAAUAGACGAAACUUGUAAAACAAUCAAUACCGAAAGGAGUAACUGUGGAAUCGCUUUAUCUGACGAAAAAGGCAUGGCAGCUUGGGAAAGUAAUCUGAAAUUGAAAGGAAACUCGUUAACGGAAUUCCAUAAAACGUGGGUUAAAGUCAACGAGCAGAAAAUUAAACAGAAACAGAUUGAUAAGAUAGAUCUUGACGAUUAUGAAUUACCAGUUUUGACCAAAUUACCCGGUAAAAAAAUGGACCAGAAAAAGAAAACUGUUAAAGAAAAUGGUCAUAUGGAUUUAUUCAGUAGUGACGAAGAUGAAGACGACGAUGAUUUGAAGUUUGGUGCGGAUGAUAUGAGCGAAGGAGGCGAAGAUGAAGAAAUAGAAGAAAAGAAACCGAAAAAAUCCAAGAAUAAAAAUAAAAAUAAACCCAAUAAAGGCGAAAAACGAAAAUCAAAUGGAAACGUAAUCGGUGCUAGUGAAAAGAAGAAACCAAAACGUGAAUCGAAGAUGGCUAAAUCUAUUGAAAUGGACGAAGAUAAAAAUGACAUCGUUGAAGAUUUAGAUUUAUCGAAUUUCUAAUUUGUAUAAUUCCCUUUUACGAAUACAUUAAUUUGUUAUUUUACGAAAAAUAUUCGACGAAUGUAUUUAGAAUUAUUCCUACGUCGUCGUUGGUUAACGAUGAGUGUAUUUUUAGAAAAGAAUGAAGUAUCAACUAUA